GGCCCCGGGGCGGGCACGGACGGAGCGAGCGCGGCCCAAGGUCGGCCUGCCCUGCCCUGCGCUGUGCGGCUCUCCGCGGCUGCCCGCAGAUGGAGUACGACUGGCUGGGCUUCGGCUACGCGGCGCUGGUGGCCACGGGCGGUGUCGUGGGCUACGCCAAGGCAGGCAGCGUCCCUUCUCUCGCUGCCGGUCUUCUGUUUGGCGGCUUAGCGGGACUAGGCGCUUACCAGCAGUCCAAAGAUCCGAAGAAUGUGUGGCUUUCCCUCGUGGCGUCUGGCACCUUGUCUGCUGUUAUGGGAAUGAGAUUUUACAACUCCAAAAAGGCGAUGCCUGGGAUAAUUGCCGGUGCCAGUUUACUGAUGGUUGGACGGAUUGGAUUGCAGAUGAUGGAAAAAACCUAUUAAGCCAUAAAUCUGCAUCAAGUGACUUGAAGACACAUGACUGAGAAGCCCAAAAAUGCAACUGCCUAAAUGUGCUGCACAUAAGUGGAAAAGGCACUGCUACCUGUGUGUUGUAUUUUUCAUAUCCUAAUGCAAGUGGGUUGUGUUUUUAAAGGACUGACAUAGAGAGCCCUUGCCAAUGGUAUUUGUCUUAACACUUUCUGCACUGAAAGAAAGCAAGAAAAUAUGAGUAUAGCAUUAGUUUAGCUUCUGGUCCUGCAACUUAGUGUUGACAAAGACGUCCUGGCCCUUGCAUUCAGACAAUUGCAGGAUUGAAGCUUAAAUGCAUAUUUGACUUGUCCCUCUAAAAUCAUGUAUACCUUUAAAACCAGGGGAGAGGAGUUGCCAGUUUGUCACUAGCAAUUAAUACAAUAAAUGUGCUUAUGAUGUUGCAUCUCCCUUUCCAUGCCAGUUUAUCUGUUCAUUGUGUUUGUCAGUCAGGGAGUUUGUUCUCCCAGCACUGUGUGUUAGAAUCCGAUCCCACAAAACACAAUCACGGAGCCGGCUGUUGAGGCUCUGCUGUAAUGCAAAGAAUGCUUACCCAUGCCUUGCAAUCACUUGUAAGCUCAGCUAUAUGUCAUUCAUUUCACUUCCACAGAUUACUACUCAUAAAUCAAAAAUAUGCUUUAUUUGAUAAUGCUGAAUUAUAGGCACAGCUUUAUUAAAAUGUUAUUUUAAAUAAACUAAGAAAUUAUUACUGCAAA